AGGGGAUGAGUCUCUUCCGACAACCUCUCUCUUUGUGACACGUGUUUAGACCACCGCUGGUUACAAAAACCCCAAUCGCCCAUCGGAAAUUUGAGUGGCGGCUAAUCCUUCCUCUCUGUGUCUCUCUCUCGUUUUGAAGAUUCUCAAACUUUCCAAAACGCUUCACAAUCUCUGUGAAUAUAACAGAAUAAGAAGUUAUAUUACAAAAUGGGUCUUUCGCAAUUUCCGACAGCGUCAGAAGGAGUACUGCCACUUCUAGUGAUGAACACGGUUGUCUCAGUCACUCUGUUGAAGAACAUGGUGAUGUCUGUUUUUCAGAUUGUUGGAUUUGAUACUGAGGAAGCCUCUAGGGAGAUAAAAGAAGACGAGCGUGGAGAGGAUAUCUUGAGGAAAAGAAGAAUCUCGAUAACUCGAUUCAAGUCUCUUUGCGAGAACAGAGGAGAAGAAGAAGAAGAAGAAGAAGGAGGAGAAGAAGAGAAAGGUGUGGAGUGUUGUGUGUGUCUUUGUGGGUUUAAAGAGGAAGAGGAAGUGAGUGAAUUGGUUUCUUGCAAACAUUUCUUCCACAGAGCUUGUUUAGAAAGCUGGUUUGGUAACAAUCACACGACCUGUCCUCUUUUCAGGUCCAUUCUCUAGUGGUGGAAAAUGGAAAUCUUGUUUAACACUUCCCCUUUUCUCUUCUUUUUUGGGGUUUGUUAUGUUAUAGGAAAAUACCAAGAUUCUAUAUCCUCUGUUUUGCUCUUGUCUCUUUUUUUGUGGCUCUGUCCUCUGUUUUAUUACCCUUUGGUGUUUAUGUUUUCCCCCUUUUUUGGUUGAAAAGGGGUUUUUUCAUAAUAAAAAAGGACUUGAAUU